AUGUCCACUUCGCCCUCAAUUUCCCCGCCUCGCACACCAAACGACAACCGGCCUACCGCUUCAACCUCAAACUCCCCAAGUUCAGAUGAUUCUUCAAUAAUUGACGACCUUUCUUUCGACUAUGUCUACGACGACAAUGGCAACGUCGUCCGUCUGUCCAGAAAAUCAAACUCGACAUCUCCCCCAACCGACCAAGAAAGUUUGCCAGAUUCAGCCCUCGACAACGACAGUCCUGCAGGCUCACCUCUCAACCGCCAAUCACUAUCUCGCUCGGAAAGCGCCCAGUCAAUACUUCAGGGUACAUCCGCAGCGGCUACCGACCCAAAACCUGCAAGACCCUUUCAACGCGUCGCGUCAACCCCAUCGUAUCUUCUUCCAACAGCUGCAGCGACCAGUCGAGCAGCUGUAACGCGCGGAGGUCCUCGCCGUAUUAUUGAAGACAGUCAUAAUCGGGAACGACAGGAGCCAAUCGUCCGAUCGAGGCAAACUUUUGACUAUGCCACGCGCGAUUCAUACGCGCACCAAGAGGAGAAAGAGAAUAUCCUCGCUGAGAUGGACGAAAGGCCUCAACUCGUCAACAGACGGAAUUCCCCUCCACUUAUCGCCCGCUCCACAGCUUCACGGUUCUCCUCGGCACGGAUAUCGUACUCGACUAUCGGUGGAAGUCUCAAUGGUCGCCCUUUAGCUGACGUCCCCGUUCAGCGGACCGCACGGCAGCCACCGACCGGUCUAACGCGACCUGGUCGCCUCAUGAAAUCGUCGUUGACCUCGCUCAAAUACAGCACGUCCAACCAAGACCGCUUGAGCGACGUGGUCGAGAGUUCCGAUUAUGAGCACAAGCAACAAGGCCUACCCGAACCAAAUCCCUACGCGCCGCCUGCUUCCGAUACGGAGCCGGAGGACGAGCCUCUGGAACCUUCCGCCAUUCCCCUUCGCUCUUCGCUCAACCCACGGCAACGCAAAGAACUCAACAUCAAUGCCCAAGCUGCAAGCCUGGCUCAAUCUGGCAGCAACCGUCCAAGGAGAUCAGCUAGUCUCAGUGAUGCACUAUACCCCCACGACGACUACCAACUCCAAGUGGCCGCUCCACCUACACACGGACAUUCCCGCCCAGGGACCAGCCUUGGUUUGAACGCCGAAUCAGGUCCAAGGCGCGUCUAUCCUGAGGAGAGAGAACGACAGGAAUUAGAGGCCCACAAGAAACUCCGCAGAGAACACGAGGACGAUCGACAAUCACCCUCACCAACACACGGCCAUCCCCAACAUCAAAGGCUUGUCGCCAAUGGCCAUCGUAGACGCGACUCGGAUACGCUUCGUGGUUUGGCUCCUCCCAAUUCUGCAGGCACUGUUGGAUCCCCUACCGUGAUGGAUAUGCCCAAUGGUCGACCAUCGCCCACGGGGCAUCGUUUCCCCCAUGGGCGCUCGUCUCCAGCAGCAACCGUUCGUGGAAGACAGUCUCCCCAAACAGUCAAAGGACGCGUCUCUCCGCCAGCCACCAAAGGUCGCGUGUCCCCCGCCAAUGCCGGUAAUCGCCUAGGUGUCAGUAGGGAUGCGGGAAAGCAUCGUCGCAGCCCGACCGCCCCCGAACCUCCAACGACGAGUGGCCAAAUCGGUGGCCAUGAACAACCGCCUGGUUCCAAGACAUGGGGUGGCAGUGAGCGCGAGGACGAGUUUGAUCCUGCCAGCUCCGGGGAGAAGGAUCGGGAAAAGGAGCGGGAACGGCAAUUGGAAGCCCAACGGGAGAGGAGGGAGCGCAGGGAACAACAGCAGCAGCAGCAACCACCCCCUCAACCUCCACCACAACAACUCCAACCCUACGCACAAGUGCCUCAGGCUAUUGCCCAGCCCGCUGCACCUGCACCACAACCACCGAUACCGGCUCCCAAUCAGCUCAACCGUCACAUUGUGGUCAACAAAAAGGCUUACGCUCGCAUUGACAUCAUUGGCAAGGGAGGGUCGUCACGCGUAUUCCGGGUUUUGAACCACGCCAACGAACUAUACGCGAUUAAACGCGUCUCUCUGGACAAGACGGAUGCUGAGACGAUGAGUGGCUACAUGAACGAAAUCGCACUUCUCAAGCGACUCGAAGGCAAUAGCCGUAUCAUUCGGUUGAUCGACAGCGAAGUCAAACCUGGUCCUGGGGGAAGCAAGGGGCAUCUACUGUUGGUGAUGGAGUGCGGCGAGAUCGAUUUGGCCAAGCUUCUCCAGGAACAGAUGAAGGAGCCAUUGAACAUGGUUUGGGUUUCGUACUACUGGCAACAGAUGCUGCAAGCCGUCCAUGUCAUUCACGAAGAGAAGAUUGUUCAUUCCGACUUGAAGCCUGCAAACUUUGUGUUGGUCAAAGGCCAGCUCAAGUUGAUUGACUUUGGUAUCGCGAACGCGAUUGCGAAUGACACUACCAAUAUUCAACGUGACCACCAGAUCGGUACGGUCAACUACAUGAGUCCCGAAGCUAUAGAGCUUCCAGACGGUAUGCGUCGACUGAAGGUCGGCCGUCCGUCUGACGUUUGGUCGUUGGGUAUCAUCUUGUACCAGAUGGUGUACGGACACCCACCCUUCCAACAUCUUUCCGUGUAUCAGAAGAUGAAGGCUAUUCCCGACCUCAGCCAUGUCAUCGAAUAUCCCGAAUACACAGUCCCAUCGAUCCCAGCCAAGACCAGCAGCAAUGGAACCGUGGAACCUCCCAAACGACUGGAGCACCUCAAGCGACGCGUGCGAGCAGACGUGAUCAGGGGCAUCAAGAGUUGUCUUUGCCGCAACCCCAAGGAGCGCGCGACGAUCCCCGAGUUGUUGGAGCAGCCUUGGCUGGGUUUGACCGGUAAUGAACCUGAACCUGUGCGUCCCAGGAUUGAAGAUAUGCUAGGCGAAAAGGAGACUUUGAUCAAUCCAUACUACAUGGCUCAGCUCAUGCAGUAUUGUGUCAAGCUCGCCCGGGAAGACAAGCCAAUGGACGCCGAAACUUUGCAGAAGGAUGCCGAGGUUCGUGAACUCGUUGUGCCAAUGCUAGCCGACAACUGA